AAGAAGUCUGGAAGAGGCUGGAGAAAGCAGUAUUUUACAUGUCCUACUAAUGGAUAUCGUCAACCAUGCUGAAAGUUCAUACUUCGGCAGCAGCAGUCUCGAUGAAGUGUUGUGGCCAAACGUAAAUUUCACGCGGUCUGAAAAAGCAAGCCUGUAUCUGACUCCCAUUGCAGCCCAGGAGGUGCAUGCUAAUGUUGUUGGCUACCGAGAAGUCCUCAAUUCUCUACAAAGGGAGACAGACUCGGGCGAAAACAUCAAAAAAGGUCACAUUCGUCAACGCAGGACCACAAGGCGUGUAACGAGCAGGGUUUCGACACCGAGUCACUGGCAUGCACGUGAGUGUGGCAACACCUUCCGGUGGGUGACAUUAUCGACAGCAGGUGACUGCGCGGCGUGCCCUGCUGUGUACGGCACCGCGGAGUCACGCUUUGUUCACUCCGCAUGCCACCCACGCCCGUGUGCCCGGGAGACAGCGUCAGUAGCGCGCACGGAUAUAUAACAUGCGCGUAUGCAGCUACCUAUCGAUAUGAGUCAGGGCCAAGGCUGCAGGCGCGCGAGUUCUGCCGCUGGUGAACGUACAUUCAUCUGCUCUCGUUUUGUCCGGAGUACCAUCCUUGAAACCUAGAAAGUGCUUAAGCGAGCACUACUCGAAAAGAAAGAAAAUGGCAACUAGUGAAGUACACUCAGCACGCCCCGUCGGCCAUUUGCCAUCGAGUGUAACGUUAGGUUUGCUGGUCAUCUGCGCGGCACUGCAAGUACUUCUCUUGGAUGGAGUGUCCGCUGCUCAGGAACCAGAACUCCCCGACGAGCACGCACGAGUGGCCAUCAGGCCAGAAAUUCUGUCACUGCGCACCGGAGAGCGCAGGUUGUACGUGCCGCUUCGCCGUAAGCGGGCUGCCAUCGAGUCCUUCGCCGGACCUGCGGUGUCGUCGGCCAACUGCACCUUCGAAGGCGCAGUCUACGAACAGGGUGUCAGCGGUACGGGCAGGGCGGUGGUUAUUGCGUGUCCCGGCGACAAGGAAGUGCACGCCAUGAUUAUCACGGCUCAGGGCGAGGCGAUUUCUGUGGCGCCCAACCGAAACCACAGGGGUGGUGUUGCCGACGGAAACGAAGACGAAGGAAGACACGUAGUGGGCCGCGUACCUUCAACGUCCAAGUUGCUGACCUCUUGGAGCAAGCUGUCCACCAGAAGACGCAGAGCUACUGCGUCCAAUCGUCGUGCCAUCGAGCUGGCGGUGUUCGUGGAUGCCGCUCUCAGGAACAGAAGUCCCAACGAGAACGAGCUGCACAAGCGGCUAAUAGCCAUGCUCGAACAGAUCCAGCUUAUUCUGGAGUACAGGUCACUGGGAAUACCGAUCGGGCUGGAUAUCGUCCACCUUGAAGUCCUCGACUCGAAGUCUGGUCCCAGCACGGCCGGCGGUGAGAUCGACAACUACUUAGACAACUUCUGCACGUGGCAGUGCAGACGAAACAAGGAAGCGGCCAGCCAAGGACGUGGAAAGUGGGACCACGCGAUACUGAUGUCCGGACUCGACUUACACAGUGGCAAGAGCAACAACGUGAUAGGCCUGGCGUUUGUGGGAGGCAUGUGCCAGUGCCGCUUCAGCUGCAGCAUCAUCCAGGCGGAGAACUUCCAGGCGGCCCUGGAGGCGGCGCACGAGAUGGGACACAAUCUGGGCAUGGAUCAUGACGGAACCGGAAACAAAUGUAACCCGAGCCGCUUCAUCAUGUCACCCAGCGUAGGCGCAGGAAGGACCAGCUGGUCCGCCUGCUCGAGACAAUACCUCGACGACUUUCUCAAGAGCCGAGCGUCGUCGUGCCUGGCGUCGAAGACCAGUCACCCAGUUGAGAAGCUGAGCGAAGACCCGCUCCCUGGCCAGUUGUUUCCGGCGGACGACCAGUGCCAGCUGGCGCUGGGAGCGAAGUACAGAGCGUACACUUCGUCCAGGAGCCCCUUCAAUGACGUGUGCCAGGAACUGUGGUGCCAGGAAGGACCGUGGGCUAGUUCGGCGCACCCCGCUCUGGAUGGCACAUCGUGUGCCACUGGAAAGUACUGCCGUGAGGGCUCGUGCGUGGUCGCAGGUCAAGAUGGCGGCAGCGCGGCUACGUCGAAAACGGCCACACGAACCACUACCACUACCAAGACCACCCCGAGGCCGAGGCGACGCAACCCUGGCCUCUUCUCCGACAUCGCGAACAUUUGGGACCGCUGGUUCCGUCGAGGGAUUUCUAGGUGGUUCUGAGCGGAAGCGUUACGCUUGCGGCUUAUCACGCCACGCGCUAGUGUGCGUAUCUGUUGACAGUUUUCGCGCCAUUUGAGGCGCGAAUAGCAAGUUGUGUAUCACGGAAGCCUAUUGCUACGAGGCAGCUUUGUAGUGUGGCAUAUGGAUAGCGGAAUUGCGUGCGUAUAUGGAUAGCGAAUCAACAACGGCAUUCUCUAUAUGUCGAUUUCGAAAGUAUCACGUUCAGUUGACGUCGAUGGAAUCCACGCAACGCAUAGCAUUCCCCGUCCUUCGGCACAGCGCCAGGCGCCACGUCGCGCAAAGGUUCAAAAGAACCGUUAAUUACAGCAUCUGUAGCGGUAGUGCAGGUGGCUAACACGUAAGCCGAUUCUUCACAUGUGCGCUGUCGUCCCCAUUGUAUCCAGCGGUGCGAGCACCUGCGUGGAAGACGACUACCAUCUUCCUCUCCCGCCGGAGCCCUCUCCCACAGCCGUCACUCUGGGAGAGGACGGCGAGAAAGCAGGAGAGUAUGUCUUUCCCGGGCGCUCCACCACAGCAUCUAAACCUAUCGAACGUCACAGAGCUCUCGCGCGACCGCAUGUGCGUCUCAAAGAACUCGGCCGUACGACAUUACGCGCCCUUUGUAUGGGCGGUGAAAUUUCAACCACGAAAACGGGCCAACGGGGCAACGAAACCUAUCUGCUUUAAAACAUAGCACAUGUGUGCUGGACGCCCGGCGCGCUUAUACGCGUUUUCACCUCAUUGUUCGACAGGCUAGUAAGCACAUUCUUCAUUAAGGAGCACUGAGAAAAGCACGUUUCCUUUUACUUAUUUUGCAUGCAAACGGAGGGCAACCACGCGGCUUCACAUACUUGACGAGAGGUGAUGCUACCCAAUUGUGCACCGCCAUGCUCUCGAUGUUUCGAGCGACGUACAAUUCUGAACAGAUAAAUUUGUGCGUUAAAGGGGAAAAAAAACGUGACAUAUGUUGGAGGUGCGCGUGUAGACUUCCUGCGCGCACUGCAAUGAAAUUAGCUUUAAGAAAACUCAAUCAAAAGCAUGCCGUUAACAUCUACAGCGCAUAACAAAAGGAGGUGGCAGUGUGCCACCACUUCUAGCUAGUUUGGGACACAAAAUAACGGCCCGCCGAAUCUGGCGGCAAGUAGUGGCUAAAUUUGCGCAGUUGUCGCCACCCUGCAGUGCUUGCAGGUUCUAUGCCGCGGUCCGUUAUCGCUUGCGUUACCGCCUCCCCUUCCCCUCCUCGCGGCCCGCCGCGGUAGCUCAGCGGCUACGCCGUUACGUUGCUCAGCUCGAGGUCGUUGGUUCGAUCCUGUCGCGGAGGCUGCAUUCCGAUGGGGGCGGAAUGCAAGAACGCUCGUGUACCGUGCAGUGGGUGCACGUUAAAGCACCACGAUUGGGCAAAAUUAGUAAAAAAAAAAGAAAAAAAUAUCUAACAAUAGUCUUACAUGCCUGGCUUUGUGCGGCCAAGCACAAGGUGGCGGGAUCAAAUCCAGGUCGCGGCGACCGCAUUCCGAUGGAAGCAAAAUGCAAAAAAAAAAGAAGAAGAAAACGUGUACCGUGCAUUGAGUGUUCGUUAAAGAACCCCAGGUAGUCAAAAUCAAUCCGGAGUCCCCCGCUACGGCGUGCCUCACAAUCGUGUCGUGGUUUUGGCACGCAAAAGUCCAGAAUUGAAUUCAUUAAUUCAUAUGCCCGGCUAUACGUUUCAGAGGCACAGCCCAGCUGCCCAUGCUGCGCACGCCUUCUAGGUAGCGUACAUAAUCUAUCAAAACUAUGCAGGUCACCUAGCGCCUCCGGGGGUGUUCAGGACCGUGCGCCAUGUGACACUGGCCGACCCCUUGUGGUGGGGAUUGUGGUGGCGAUGCUCUCCUGGUGAUGCGAAACGUAUGAGUGCCAUAUGCAGAUAACGAAAUAGAACUCUACUGCUAGAGUAUACGCAUGCCUUCCAUGUAUACGCACGUAUACGCAUGCCUACAUGUCUUCCGAUCAUGGAGGCCUCUUGGGCUUUUUCCGCAGCGUUGUGACAAUUAUGCAAUAAAGCAUGUGCACGAGUGAAGUAUGUAACCCUGAAAUAUUUUUAAAGGUUUCUUAUAAAACAUCCAAAAUCAAGAAAGGGGUUGGCAGAACGUCUCUGGAAAGACCAUACCGCUGUCUUCCAGCUACCCCAUGUAUUGCACCCCAGACUCCUUGUCGCCAUCUGAACUCCUUCAAAACUACCCGAUGCAUUGCUGCUACGCUACUCAUGUAAUUCUUUCAACUGAUGUAUUUUUGUGUCUUUUUUGUUACUCGCGCACUGACCGCCUGACCGGCUCUUCUAAAGCCACAAAAACAUGCCGCCAACGACAUCCCUGUAUGCUCCCUAACCUCUUGCUUCCCCAACACCCUCCCAUGCCCUUCUUUUUCUUUUCUUGCUCUUUUUGCCUUUUAUUUCUGUUCUUUUCUCCGCGCCAUCCCACUCUCCCGCUCUUGUCCCCUCGUCUUAGGAACCAGGCUUACAGACGUCAGGUGACAGCGCUCAUUCUCUUUGAGACCUCUCCCUUUACAAGAAGCCGCCACCGACAACAACCGCACGUGACGUCACUGCACUAACCCUUUGAAACUAACAUGCCGAGGAUGACGGGGCCGCCUUUGACGAAGAUAGGUCCUCCUAUCGAAACGUUGGCCAGCCUUUCUGAGGCACUUUAUCCCCGUUUAUAACCCUUAUAAGACAUGUCAUUUGGCUAUAAGCAGCAACCCGUUAUCUGUGUUGGCGUAUGUACACCCGUGAGCAAAUAUAUACGGACCAGGGAUUGCACGAUAAAACUAAUUUUCUCCCGUGUUGCCGAAUGCAACUUGAAACUAAAGACUGAAGUCCAAACUUGGCAUUAUGAGUUUUCUAGUGCACUUGUCAGUUUGCGUUUAUGCGUGUUAAUUACGAAGAAAUUCUGUAUGUUUUCGGUGACCCUGUGGUCAGCAUACUUUUGCUCACGGGUGUACCUUCAAGUUCAUCUAUUCGUGCGUAGGCUCCUUAAACACAUUGCGCAUUAGUACGAAACAAAUUUAAUACAGUAUAUGCGCACAUGCCUUCGAACACUAUAUUGAUGCCUAUCGGCGCGGACGCUCGGAACGGGCACGCUAACGUGAUUGGUUGGUCUUUCCUCAGUGAAAGGGUGCAAAACACACUCUGGGGCAUCGCCGAUGAAACGGGCGGUAAAAGCGUUCGAACGAGGAAAAUAAAUUUGAUUUGAUUAUUACAUGAUCAGAAGUUGCCACGCGCUCCGUAAGUGCGUUGGAGACAACGUUCAUCUUUCGGACGUCAUUCAUGUGGUCUUUCAGCCGUCUUUCAACAUUUCCGCUCUUGCCGAAAUAAACAUAGCCACAGUCUGCGCAGGGAGUUUUAUAAACAACGACUGGAAACUUGUCUUUCUCGAGCCGGUCUCUCGCUUGCACCAGCUCCAGGCGGGAACAGGCGCCACGUGUACGUCAAAUGUCCGCAGAACCCGUGCUAACGCCUCUUUGACCCCUUGGCACAUAGGGGACGGCUGCGUGGGCUCGGGGCCGCAUCGUGCGCGACAAAGCGCCAUUUGCUUGUGCGCCGUUCUACGGAAUGAGUAAAACUAAUAGGGUAAACGCAACCGGAAAGCUCGCGGUGCAUCCUGAACAGCUCAGAGGCACGGUCAUUUUCGCUGGGGCAAAUCCUAUGCGUUCUUUGUAUCAGGGAAGGAGCAACUGAGCGUUUGUGGCAGGCCUGGUGAAUAGACUCGUAACGAGCGACUGGUGUGCGACUCCUUCCUGAAGGCACCAAAAGAAAGGCGGCCGUUUUUUGCCUUCUACCAGCACAUCUAGAAAAGGAAGACGACCAUAGACUUUCGUUUCAAUUGUAAACUGAAUGGAUGUCUCUGUGCUGUUUAGAUCCGCCGGGAAUGCAUCUAAAGAUGCCUUCUUGAUGAUGCAAAAAAAGACAUCAAUACAGUGCAGACAAAUCCUUUGCAGGGGAGGAGGGGGUGAGGAUCGGUCGAAGGAAGUCAAAGCCCGUUUCUCCACUGACUCGAUGGCAAGGUUCGCCGACGUAACUGAAGUUGAAGCACACAUCGCGGUUCCGUGCGCUUGUUUGUAGACCACAUCCCGAAACACAAAAGUGUGUGUUCUCUAGGGAGAACUUCAGUCGCGUGAGAAGAUCGAGCGCCUCUAUUGCAGAUCUGUCGCUUAAUUUAUCGUCGGAGAGUAAGGGUGAGUCGGCGACUAGUCGAGUAGUCGGGAGUCAUCGUCCGGAGAGUAAUCAGGUGAGUGGUCAGUAUAUUGGAGCAGCGCGACAGUCGGUGCAACGCGCCAUCGGAUUGUACCCGGAACGCUCGCUGCCUGCAACUUACUCUGGUGCGCGAUAUAGCGCCAAGGAACCGGAAAACGUUGGCGCAGGACGGGAUGCAAGUGGUUCCCGUUCGACAAGGCGACGGGACAACUGCGGCAGCGACAACUGCAACGAGACCCGGGACAAUGCGCAGAGGCAGUACUCGAGCGACGUGAACGCACCAAACGGCGGUAGCCUUCGGCAGCCACGGCAGCCACGGCAGCUCUCUGGUCGAGAACGGGCAGUCGGUCGCCCUGAAUUGCGGUGACGUUCUCGACCGCUUCGCAGCCGCCGAACAAUUCCGGUUCGCCCAGUGCAUCGGAGGGAUGGAUGGAUGCUUGAUGGAUGCUAUAAGCGUCCCCUUUGGAACGGGGUGUGCUCCCGUACGCGCCCUCCUUCCUCUCGUUCGACGAGAACGCCACGCGGUUCGUGAACCAAGGAGGCCUCGGCAACCACGCCUCUUCGGUGCUGAGCCAACUGUUCGUACACAGCUCAUUCAGACGGUGGUCGGCGACCACUUCACGAGGGCCGCGGAGCAGCAGUGGCCGCCGAGGCCCAGACCCCCGUCGAGGGCUCAAGCCGAGGCCCUGUACCAAGACGCGACGGCUGAGGAACGCCGGGAACUAUGCGGAUAGCGCUCAAGGAGAAGACAGAAGGUAGACUGCAUACAAGGCGCAAACCGUCCCACUGAC